AUGAGAAAUCAACAGGUAAAGCUACUUCAAAUGCUGUCAUCAUCCGCUCCAUGCCCAGCUGGAGUUCCGCAAGGCUCGGUCAUCUCUCCUAUGCUAUUUAAUGUGUACAUCGAUAAUUUAGAGGAUGAAAUCCCUGCAAACCUAACCGUCGAUACCUCGAAGUAUGCCGAUGACUGCACACUCGAUCAAGCAGUUGGAGCUGGGGAAAUAAGCCAUGUCCAACAGGCUCUAGACAUUAUCCAAAAUUGGUCAGUGUCGAACAAAAGGACUAUCAAC